UUUGACACAGUUCAUAUGGUAUCCGAGUGUAUUGCGAUCGCUGCUUUUUUCCCAAUUAUUUAGGAAGCGUUUAUCGGUAGUUGUUCAUAGACUCUUUAUAGAUCAACUUUCUCUCUCAAGAAAAAACCCAAUUGUAUGGCAUUUUAAACUAAUUUUGAAUAAGUUAAAUAAAAAGUCGCGAUGUUUUCGGUGAAAUUGUGCCGAAACCGGUCUUGCCGGGAGUUAAUCAAAGACAUUAGACGGGGUAUUACGAAAACUUCGACGGAUAGUAAUAGCGACGCGAUCUCGCGGGCACAGGACCAUAACCAAAUGAAUAAUUUUAAUUUGGAGGGGCCGAGUAGUCAAUACCACACGAAUGUUAACAACAAAAGGUGGCAUAAACAAAUGCAAUUUAAUAAUUUAAGGGCCCUUUCAACAAUCCAACAAACGAUCCCAAAACCGUCACACUCCAGCACCUUGGUGUCCAAGGAACAAUCCAGGGACUUUAUGGCUCUAUUUCCAGACUUGGUGAGAGAACUCACCGAACUGGGAAGGAAUCCAGAGUUGCCCGAUGUGAUGCGCAGAGUUGCUAGGGUACUGCAAUAUAAUGUUCCAAACGGGAAGAAAAAUAGAGGGUUAAUACUAAUUAGUGCGUACAAGAUGUUGGAAGAUCCCAAGAAUUUAACACCGGAGAAUAUUAAGCUUGCUAGCGUUUUGGGAUGGUGUUUGGAAAUGAUUCAUUCCUGUUUCCUUGUUCUGGACGAUAUAAUGGACAAUUCGGAGACCCGUAGGGGGUCAUUGUGCUGGUACCGCCAAAACGGCAUUGGGUUAUCGGCAAUAAACGACGGACUCAUACUCGAAAACGCUGUUUACACUCUACUUAAAAUGCACCUUAAGGACCAUCCAGCGUACGUCCCAGUAAUAGAACUCUUCCAUGAAACUGUUUCCAAGACCACCUUGGGUCAAUGCUUAGACUCUAUGUGUCUAGAUUCCGAUGGAAAACCCAAGUUAGAAAUGUUUUCCAUGAGCAGAUACACCUCGAUCGUAAAAUACAAGACUGCUUACUAUAGUUUCCAUAUGCCGGUGGCUGUGGCGAUGUACUUGGCUGGAAUGAACGAUCCAGAGCAGCACAGGCAAGCGAAGACCAUUUUGCUGGAAAUGGGCGAAUUUUUCCAGAUUCAGGACGACUUCCUGGAUUGUUUCGGUGAUCCAGCUGUAACUGGCAAAAAAGGCACCGAUAUCCAAGAGGGCAAAUGCUCCUGGUUGGCCGUGGUAGCUCUCCAAAGAGCUUCGGCCGCCCAAAGGAAGAUCAUGGAGGAACACUAUGGAGUGGAUGAUCCCAAUUCGGUGGCGAUCAUUAAGAAACUUUAUGAAGAUUUGAGCUUACCCAACACAUACGCCAUUUAUGAGGAGGAAUCUUACAAUAUCAUCAAGACUCACAUUCAGCAAAUUUCUAAAGGGCUGCGUCACGACCUGUUCUUUAGUAUUAUGGAGAAGUUGUACAAACGGGAGUGUUAAUUGCUUUUGUAAAAAGCGGUUUUCAGGAUUUUUUAGAGAAAUCUUGAAUUAUUAUUUUGUUCUGUUUUUUUGAACGCAUGUUGUUUAUUGAGAGCAUUUUUAUAUCCAUGUAACAUGAGGUCGUUUAAUAGAAAUACAUUCUUUUUUAUUAUAACUUAUAUAGGGACACAACUGAUAUCGAAUAAGUUUAACAUUUUCUGUCAUUUAUAUUAACAAACUAGGGGAAAUUGAUGUUUUUUUAUACAAUUUAUUUAUCUGCAACCUAGUCCAUGGUUAUAUUAUGUAUUACACAUUUUCUGUUAUUUUACUAGAGAUAUUUCUACUGGAAAAAAAAAAUGUUUAAAUAUU